AUAUCUUAAUAUAUGAAUGUCCGCAAAAGUUCUGUCAACUAUGUUACAAACAGAACUCCCCCCUUUAACUCAAAAAUGGUUUGUCCCAAUACUAUGUCACCAGCAUCACAUGAUGCCAUGUUCCUCUUUGGCUGACAUUUUGAACACACUGUGGUGAGUGUCCUCUAAUUUUUUACAAUAUUCUAUGUAUAAUAGCACAUUGUCAAUGAGUAUAUUAACUGACCAUCAACAAUGUUACGUACAUUGUUAUGGUUUAAAGUUGUUUAAUGAUUUUAAUUCAAUGAUAUGUUCAAAUGUGAUGUUAACCUGUUCAAGAAAAUGACAUGUGGUCAUCCAGGCAAGGCCUACCAUUGAAAUGAUGGGUCAAAAUAGGGAAAUUGUCAACUAGGUUACCUGUCAACUGAGUUACUGGGUAACUUAGUUGACAGGUAACCUAGUUGGCAAUUUGUAUGACAUGUAGACGUCAUUACACAGCAUUAUCAUUCUACAUAUGUCCAACACACUUUUUUAUCCAAUUAUUUAAAAUAGAUGUCAGCAGCUGAGAAACAGCGGAGAUACAGGGCUCGUCGAGAUGCUGAUCCUGCAAGAAGGGCAGCAUAUUUAGAGAAGCAGAGAGAGGCAUGGCACAGGUUCAGAUCAGAAGGAAAGGUGAAAACAGUGGCAGAGAUGAGUGACAGAGAUAAAAGAAGCAAGAGGGCCUAUUGGAGGAAGGCACAGCAGAGAAGCAGAGAAAGAUAGCACAGGCUUGACAACUUAGCUACACCACCAGACAGUCCAGACAGCCAAGUUGAAGUUGUCCAUCAACCUCAGGAAACAAGGUAGAAACAGGUUUAUGUUUUCAACAGGAAAAUUGUGUAACAAAGUAGAAGGUUUCCAUUAAUAUGCUGUAUACACAGCACAUUAUCUGUAACGUAAUUUAUUUUGUUUAUUUCAGACAGAAAAAAGCUGGAAGAAAAAAGGCCAGGAGAGAACACUCAAAAUUACACAGAGAAAUACAAAAACUGAAACAUUUGCUCGGGAAACAAACCAAAAAAACAGACAAACUACGCAAAAGACGAUGUGCGGUCUCAGAGUCCCCGGCAUCAAAAACAAGGCGACUGCUACACAAUGUCCCUGUUUCUGGCGAAGUACGGAGAUCAUUGCUUGUUCAUUAUGCCCUCAUGGCCAACAUCAAGGACGCCUUUGCCACCACAAAAAGGAGAACACACAGGCAGGCAAUGUCACAAAUUCUAACUGGGUGGAUCCUUAAAAAGUAUGGAUUACAAAAAGAAGUUCGUACAGCACUACACAUCUCCAGAAAGAGGAACAAGAAUCCUGCUCAAGGCAAUACAAAGUACCGAAGCCUAUGCUUCCGAAUUCAAGACAGCGUCAUUGCUUACCUGACGAGGGAUGAAAGCAGCCGAUUGACAGCAGGUAAAGCACAAACAAUCACCAGGCGGAAGAUAAAGAAACAGAAGAGGUUUUUAAUCAUACCCUGAGAAACCUCCACAGGAAAUUUCUCACUGAACAUCCAAAUUACAAUCUCUCUUACUCCUUGUUCUGUCGUAUGCGUCCCUUCUGGGUAGUUAACCGAACACUUGCAGACAGACAAACCUGUCUUUGCAAGGUUCAUGAGAAUCUUUCCUUUCUGGCUGAAAAGCUUCACACUCUCAAGUUAAUUAGGAGCGUGGACAUGGAAGACCUGACAUCAUCAAUAAGCUGCAAUCCAAAUUCAAAGGACAGCAUGUACAACGAGUGUCCCCACUGCAAAGGACAGGAGUUUGCCAUAGCAGCAGAAGUUAACCUUCAGGCAAAUGUCGAACUCACUCAGUGGUCAACUGAAACAGUCAUCAGAGAAAAGAAAAACAAAGAUGGUAAAAAGGACAAGGUCCCCAUGAAAAUCACUGUGAAGAAGAAAAAGGACAUAGUGUUGGCGGAUCUGCUGGAGAUGUUUCAAGGCCAAUUGAGACAUUUCAAACGGCAUACAUUUAACAUUAAAAGCCAGUUCACCCACUACCGUGAAUUAAGAAAAAGCAUGACCAACCAAGAAUGCUUGAUUCAUGUGGAUUUUUUGGAGAACUACUCAUGUAAGCUUGCAGCAGAAAUCCAGGCAAUGCACUUAGCCCCAAACCAGAAGCAAGCAACGCUCCACACAGGAAUUCUUCAUGUUGGUGGGACAGCAGAGCACAUGUGCUUUGGCACAAUUUCGGCAUCAAAGGAGAAAGGCCCACCUGCCAUUUGGGCACAUUUGUCCCCCAUCCUGGAUGAAGUGAAGGCCUCGUAUCCUUCUGUCGAGGUGGUGCAUUUCUUCAGUGACGGUCCAUGCACGCAAUACAGACAGAAGGGAAACUUCUUCCUCUUAAGCACAGAGCUGAUGAACCGUGGUUUCAAAAGGGGGACAUGGAACUUUUUUGAAGCAAGCCAUGGGAAGGGUGCUCCAGAUGGAGUGGGAGGCCUCCUGAAGCGAAUGGCUGACAGGCUUGUUAGCCAAGGUCAUGACAUCCCUUCAGCAGAACAUCUCUACAGUGCUUUGGUUAACAGCGGAACAGUUAGGGUGUUCUACAAAAGAGAGAAUCUUGUGGAUGAAGCAAUUAACAAGAUGCCAAGUCAUCUGCCAGCAGUGCCUUCAACUAUGCGUAUCCACCAGGUGGUCACAGGGGCACCAGGAGAGAUCUUGUAUCGAGAUGUAAGUUGCCCUUGCACCGCCAGACAAAGUUAUGAGUGUCGCUGUGAUGACACUCGUACUUUUAGUUUUGAGGUUCAGCAAACGACCCCUUCGCUGCCUCAAGCACCUAAAGGCAACAGCAAAGAGAAUGAAAGGCUGUGGGGUCCUGAUUCAAUUGGCCAGUGGUGUGCCCUUAAAUAUGAUGAAGACAUUUACCCAGGAGUCAUUCAGGAGGUCAUGGACACACAUGUGCAGGUAAAGUGCAUGCACGUUGCCGGAGUCAACCGGUUCUUCUGGACACUAAGAGAGGAUGUGCUUUUGUACCCUUUUGAGGACAUUUUGAGAGUGAUUCCUCCUCCAAAGUCAGUGACCUCACGCCACGUGGAGAUUGACAAAGACAUCUGGUCUAAUUUCUAAAAGGUCCAACUGAAUGUUGCAAUUGAAUAGUACUGUUCUGUUGAAUAUUAAUGUUACUGUACUAUUCUUUAAUAUUUCGUUUUUCGGUAAGGCUUCACUUGGACCCCUGUGCUGGUUUGAACCCAUUACAAAACCAUUACUUUAAAAACUGUUCUUUAUUUGUUCCUCUACUGUGGGUUUGACCUUUGUCUGACAUACAAGUCACUUUCGAUGAAACCGUCAAAUUUCUUAAUGUAAAUGUAAACUAUUUAGACUGUUCUGUAGGAAUUGAAUUAGAAAUGAAUUCUGAAUGUCUGAAUUAGAAGAAAUUGUUCCAACCUGAUCAGAGGGAAUGUUUAAUUUGCACUGUGUGAUUUUUUGUUUUGCUUGUUAGUACAUUUCAAAUGUAAUGUAUUUUGUAUGAAUUUGGUGUUUCAUAAUUGAAUUAAUUGAAAGUUUCAAUUUAAUUUUGCACUUCUUCCUUGAAAUAAACAUAGUG